AUGGGCAGCGUCGCUGGCGGUGGGAGCUCCACAACAGGCGACAGCCGCACAGAAGAGCAGAAAGAAGCCGACAACAAGCUCGCUGAGCGUUUGUCUGCUCUCAUCGAAGACGCCAACUCCCGUGUUGUCCCUCUCUGCAAGAUGAUUCGAAAGCAUAUCGAGAAUAUGGAUGCAAGAAAAGAUGACGACAAAGACGAGGAUGAACUCAUUCGACAAGUCAAACCUCUGCUUCAGCAGGCCGAGAAGAUUCUUGGUGAGACAGAGGGUAUGGUGAAGGGCGCAGAUCCCGAUAAUCGCCUGUCGAACAGGGCCAAACGUCAUGCCGAAUCUCAUACUGCAACGCCAGAAGAACAGCGACUUGCAGCUGCGCUGAAAGUGAUGCUCGAAGAAGUUGGUGGUACCAUCGAAUGGGCUAGGAAUAAACUUGAUAGUUUUCCUAAAGCAAAGAGGGAUCUUGGGCCCUUGUUGGAUGCCCUCGGCCAACCACUCACUCAAAUUGUCGGUGGUGUUAUGCUUCUCCUAACCGGUGUUCUAAAUCUUCUCGGUAAACUUUUGAGCGGGCUGGGACUUGACUCACUCUUGAAGGGUAUUGUUGCUGCAACCGGCCUUGACAAAAUAUACAACUCGCUGGGAUUAGGCAAGUGGUUGAAUGGGAAGUGA